AUGGCAGCAAAGCGGCUAGUCAUUGUGGUGGAUGGCACUGCAGCCAUGGGCCCCUACUGGCGCACCAUUGUCUCAGACUACCUUGAAAAGAUCAUCAGGUACUUCUGUGGACAGUCAAGGGGGCAGGAGCACUCUGGUCAAAUAGUUGAGCUUGGAGUGGUUAUGUAUAAGGCUCAUGAUGGUAAAGGUUUGAAGGUACGACGUAGUGGCUGGAGUAGAGAUAUGGAUAAAUUUAUAGAAUGGCUGUUAGCUUUUGACUUUGAAGGUUGUGGUCAAGACAAUGCUGCCAUUGCGGAAGGGCUUGCUGAUGCACUUGUGAUGAUUCCAAAGCCUGCAAAUGGAAUAGAAGCUGCACAAUAUUUUCUUGGAGAGAGGCAUUGCAUUCUUGUUGCUGCUAGUAACCCCUAUCCCAUUCCUUCUCAACUAGAGCUGCCAAAGAUCAGUGAUGGGUUUUGUGGUGUAGAAACAUACUUGAGCAUGACUGAUGCUAAGACAGUUGCUGAAAUGUUCAUUCAGUGCUUCGUGUCUCUAUCAGUAAUAUCCCCAAAGAAGUUUCCAAAACUUAGAGAAAUAUACAAUGCGGGAAAUGACAGCCACAAUGGAACAGAUCCUUCGUUAUAUAAUGCUAAACAUCCUCAGUUUCUCGUUCUAUUGUCGGAGAAAUUCUUGGAGGCUCAUGCUGCACUUUAUCAUUGUGAAACGAUGAGUACAUCAUCAAUUAAUAGUGCAGUUGCAGUGAGAACCAAUUCAGUACCCAUGAAUUCAAACUUUCAACUUGCCCGUUCAGGUUAUGAAUUUACAAUUCCAGAUAAAAACGUAACUAUCAUCCUGAACCUAUUUGUAGGACUCCCCCAGGACCAGAAUAAUAGUCCUGCAGGAAACAUUCCAACUGAAACAUCAACAGUGCCUGCUGUUUCACAAGACUGGUGUGUUCCGCCACGUGAUUUUUCCACUAGCAUCCCAAUAAGUGGCCAAACUUCAUCCCUCUCCUAUAGCUUUAAAGAGGAGAUCACAGAGGAGGAAAUAAUGGGGGCACUCAGCCCUGAAAAAUUCACUUUGUCACAAAACACAAGUACUACAAAUCCAACAUCUGUUUGUGGCGGUACUCCACCCGAAAUUAUGACAUCUGCAGCUGAUGCUGGAGAAAAUUCCGGAGGUCAUUCAAUAAUGUCUACUGUCAAAGAGACUCCUCAUGAUGACACAUCAGUAUUUGACUGGAGAUCAUUAUUGAGAGCCACACAAAGUACGGAAAGCACAAGUAAACAUUUGUGUUCAAUUACUAGUGCUUCUGGAAACUUGAAUAAUUCCAAGCCUGCUGAACUUGGAAGUAUGAGUACUAAAGAACAAGGUCCCUCUAAAAGCAAUGAACCACAGGGAGUUACAUCACAGGCAUUAGCAGGGACUUCAGAAAGUUUGCAAAGCACAACUGAUAGCUCAUUUAUGUCUUCUUCUUUUAUAUCUGGAAUUUCACAGCCUGAAAUUCUUCAAACCACAUAUGCUGGGAUACACAGCCCUCAUUUUUCCAUGUUGCCACCAAUGGCUAAAUCAGAGGCAUUGUCAGGGACUUUACAAACGACACAAACUUCGGCCAGUUCAUUUACUUCCAAUACUUCUAAGCUAUCUGGGAACUUGAGGACUAUGCAGCCUUUAGCCAGCCUUCGAAGAACCAUAGGCAAUAAUCGUUUGCAGUCUAAAAAGAGACAAAGAGGUCAAUUAGGUGUAUCAUCCCACAGAGGAAGAUCAAAAUUUCCACUGCCAUUGAUCUGGAACACAACUAUGUGA